CAAAUACGGAGUACCGUAGACUUUUACGUCAGCCGAGAGUGACAAAUUUUCUUAGAACUGAACUGAUACUAAAACUCAGAAACGCAGCAGCGAUGGCGAAGUUCUGGAAACCGGGAACGGAGAAACCUCGACUAGUAGAAGACGAAGAUGGCGGCGUACUCUUUUUCUACUCUACUUCUUCCUCUUCAUCUUCUAGUUUUGGAUACGCCAAUAACCUCCAGCAGCAGCGCCAGCGGCUUCCCGUGUUCAAGCGCAGGGACGCCAUUCUCUUCCUAGUCGAAAACCAUGCCACCACCAUCGUCGUCGGAGAAACUGGCAGCGGAAAAACCACUCAAAUUCCUCAGUAUUUGAAUGAAGGAGGAUGGGCUGAGAGUGGUCAUGUUAUUGGUUGCACUCAACCCCGGCGUCUUGCUGUUCAGUCAGUUGCUUCAAGGGUUGCUGAAGAAAUGGGUGUUAAACUUGGUGAGGAGGUCGGAUAUGUAAUCAGAUUCGAAGAUGUAACAACCCCGGGUGUUACAAGAAUCAAAUUCCUUACCGAUGGAGUGUUGCUAAGGGAAAUGAUGGAUGAUCCUCUUCUGUCCAAGUACAGUGUGAUCAUGAUAGAUGAAGCACAUGAAAGGUCAAUUUCAACUGAUAUUGUACUGGGUUUGUUGAAGAAGAUUCAAAGGCGUAGGCCUGAACUGCGUUUAAUUAUCUCAUCUGCAACUAUUGAAGCAAAAUCCAUAGCGUCUUUCUUCAGAGCCAGUAAGAAGCAUCGAGGAGGAGCUACCAAAGAACUUGGGCCAAAGACAGAACCUGCCAUUGUUUCAGUUGAGGGAAGAGGCUUUACUGUGGAAAUCAAUUAUAUCCAGGAGCCGGUUGCAGACUAUCUUCGAGCUGCUGUCUCAACUGUUAUGUUGAUACACAAACAGCAAACAGUGGGUGAUAUUCUUGUAUUUCUUACGGGUCAAGAUGAUAUUGACGCUGGUGUUCAGCUGCUUAAUGAAGAAGCUCAGAGUUCUGGUAAAAGCAAUGGAGAAUUGCUUGUUCUACCUUUGUACUCCGGACUUUCGCGUGCAGAGCAGGACUUGGUCUUUUCUCCUACACCUAGAGGGAAAAGGAAGAUUAUUAUAUCAACAAAUAUUGCAGAGACAUCAUUGACCUUGGAGGGCAUUGUAUACGUUGUUGAUAGUGGCUUCUCAAAACAACGUUUUUAUGAUCCGUUAUCAGACAUUGAGAAUUUGGUGGUGGCGCCCAUAUCAAAGGCUUCUGCAAGACAAAGAGCAGGAAGGGCUGGAAGAGUGAGACCUGGGAAAUGUUUCAGGUUAUACACAGAGGAAUAUUAUGUUAACGAAAUGUCAGCUGAGGGGAUUCCUGAGAUGCAGAGGUCAAACCUUGUCUCCUGCAUUAUACAGUUAAAGGCUCUAGGGAUUGAUAAUAUCUUGGGAUUUGGCUGGCCCUCGUCACCAUCACCAGAAGCUAUGAUUAGAGCUCUUGAAGUGUUGUACUCCCUAGGUGUGCUUGAUGAUGACGCCAAGCUCACAUCACCUACUGGAUUUCAAGUUGCUGAGAUCCCACUGGAUCCUAUGCUCUCAAAAGCUCUGCUUGCUUCUAAUGAACUAGGGUGUUCAGAGGAAAUGCUUACUAUAUCAGCUGUUCUUUCUGUACAGUCAAUCUGGAUCUCUGUAAGGGGAGCACAGAAGCAGCUAGAUGAAGCCAAGCUCCGAUUUGCUGCUGCUGAGGGUGAUCAUGUAACUUUCCUAAAUGUGUACAAAGGAUUUCUGGAGUCUGGUAAAUCAUCAAAAUGGUGUCACAAGAACUUUAUAAAUUAUCACGCUAUGAAAAAGGUUCUCGAGACCAGAGAACAACUCAAAAAAACGGCACAGCGGCUGGGCAUAGUCUUAAAAUCUUGUGACAGAGAUAUACAGGUUAUAAGAAAGGCAAUAACUGCUGGAUUUUUUGCCAAUGCUUGUCAUUUGGAACCAUACAGCCAUGAAGGAAAAUACAAGACUGUUCGAACUUCUCAGGAUGUUUAUAUCCACCCUUCAUCUGUUUUAUUCAGAGUCAAUCCAAAGUGGGUUGUAUACCAUUCUCUCGUCUCGACUGAUCGUCGAUACAUGCGCAAUGUCGUGACAAUAGAUCCAACAUGGCUUGUGGAGGUUGCUCCCCAUUAUUAUCAGUACCAAGGGCCUGGUUCUAUUGCAACUUUGACCAGGUAAUGCAUACUCGAGAAAUCAUGCCUGGUUGAACCUCAUGAUUAGAAUAGGGAUUGUAUAUUAUUUAACUGUUGCAUUUAGACUUAGUUUGAGUUUCUCUGUAGAUUUUCUCCACCCACAAUACAGAAAUGAAUACUUGUCAGUUAACAAUCGGUAACUGAAAGAUAGAAACUGAGUAUAGCGAUUGAAUCUUCCUUAUCUUUUAUCAGAAGAAAGCAGUGAUGUAUCAGAGAGCACAAAUGCUUUCACUG